AUGCGUCCGGCCGCCGGCGGCGCUGCAGAUCCUCCAUCCACAUCCCCGGCAGACAAUAGCGCAGGCAGGAGGAGGCAGCAGCGGGCUCCCUCACCGGCUACAGCCCAGGAAGGGGCGACCCAGCGAGCUGCCAGACACCCAGGCCGGUCCAGGUCUCCUCUGAACCCGGGAAGGAGCAGAGACGCGGCGGCGAGGCAGAGCCGGAGGUCCGCGGACGGCAGAGAGAGGGAGCCCGAGAGCCGCCGCGCAGCCGCCGCUCCUCACCCGGAUGGUGCUGAGGCUGAUCCCGUCACAGCGAACAGGGCGGAUGCUGUCGGGGAAGAUCGGUCAGAUUCAGCAGCACCGGGCCGCCGCUCAGCGCUGAACUGCUUCGGAGGAGAGUCCAGCCGGCGUCGGUUCUCCAGCAGAAGCUCGUCCGGGAAGGAGAAAAGCGCAGAGGAGAGCGGCCGCCGGCGGAGAGGCGCAGAGUCUGCGGGCUGCGGCCUCAGUUUGGGUCUGUGGAGAGGAGGAUGCUUACAGGCUGAACUGAUCCACUUCCAUCUGCAGAAGAGACUCAAGAGGAGCAGGAUGCAAACCAGAGCCGAGGGCCUGGGCGCCGUGGAGGCCGCGCAGGAGGCGCCGGAGCCGGCUGCGGAGGCGACAGAGGCGGGGUCGGUGACACAGCAGGACCAGGCCCUGGAGGAGGAGAUGGAGAGGCUGCUGGAGGAGAACGAAGAUCUCAAGUGCGAGAUCGAGGAGAUGAGGACGGAGAUGGACGAGAUGCGAGACACGUUCUACGAGGAGGACACUUGUCAGCUGCAGGAGAUGAGGCGUGAGUUAGAGAGAGCCAAUAAAAACUGCCGGAUCCUGCAGUAUCGGCUGCGGAAGGCCGAGAGGAAGCGUCUGCGGUACGCCCAGACGGGGGAGAUCGAUGAGGAGCUGCUCAGGAGUCUGGAGCAGGACCUCAAGGUGGCCAAAGACGUGUCGGUGAGGCUGCACCACGAGCUGGAGAAGGUGGAGGAGACGCGAACAAAGACGGAGGAGGAGAACGAGAAGCUGAGGCAGAAGCUCAUCGAGGUGGAGGUGACCAAACAGGCUCUGCAGAACGAGCUGGACAAAACCAAAGAGUCUCAGAAGAGGAGAGGAAGCAAGGACGCCCUGAAGUCCGACAAGAAGGCGGCGCAGACGCCGACCGAGGAGGACAACGAGGACCUCAAGUGCCAGCUGGCCUUCAUCAAGGAGGAGGCGGUGCUGAUGAGGAAGAAGACGGCGAAGAUCGACAAGGAGAAGGACCGGCUGGAGCAGGAGCUGCAGAAGUACCGCAGCUUCUACGGCGAGCUGGACAGCGGCCACCCGAAGGGCGAGGCCGGCGGGCCGCCCACCACCAGGGAGUCGGAGCUGAAGCUGAGGCUGCGCCUGGUGGAGGAGGAGGCCAACAUCCUGGGCAGGAAGAUCGUGGAGCUGGAGGUGGAGAACCGAGGCCUCCGGGCCGAGCUGGACGACCUCCGCGGUGAAGGGGAAGGUUCCGGAGGGUCCGGCUGUGGCGCUCCGGGCGGCUCGGGCGCCGGCCGCGGCCUCGGAGACGACCUGACGGAGCUCCGGCAGCAGCUGCAGCUGGUGGAGGACGAGGCGGAGCUGCUGAGGAGGAACCUGGCCGACGCCGAGGACCAGAACAAGAGGGUCACCGCCGAGCUCAACAAGCUCCGGUUCAAGGCCGGAACCCACGAGGGAGGAAGCCGCCACGGAGGAGGGACGUCGGGGGGAACGGGCAUGGACGCCGCGAAGGCCGAAGCCCUGCAGGAGGAGCUGAAGGCCGCACGGCUGCAGAUCAACGACCUGAGCGGGAAGGUGAUGCAGCUGCAGUACGAGAACCGCGUCCUGCUGUCCAACAUGCAGCGCUACGACCUAGCCUCCCACCUCUCGCUCCGCCCGAGUCCUCGCGACAGCGACGCCGAGAGCGACGCCGGCGGCGCCACGAGCAGCCGGCGUGAGAGCGACGAGGACUCCACCUCGUCGCGUCUGCUGCCGCCGCACCGCAAGCGCGAAGGCCCGGUGGGCGGCGAGAGCGACUCGGACGAGGUGAGGAACAACAACGGCAGCAGCCGGUGCCUGACGCCCACCAGGGGCCUGUACACGCCCACCGGGCCCGAGGGCGCCGCCUCCUCCGCCCUGGCCCGCUUCCUGCCGGGCGGCCGCUGCAGCCUGCGCGACCGGCAGCAGAUGAUCGACAUCCGGGUGGAGGCGGAGCGGCUGGUCCGCACCAUCGACCGGCUCAUCGCCGACACCGCCGCCAUCAUCUCGGAGGCGAGGGUCUACGUGUCCAACGGCGACCUGAUGUUCGGCCGGGGAGGCGAGGACGGCGGCGAGGACGACGGCGGCCGCAUCAGGGAGCACGAGCUGCUGUACCGCAUCAACGCCCAGAUGAAGGCCUUCAGGAAGGAGCUGCAGGGCUUCAUCGACCGGCUGGAGGUGCCCAAGCUGGAGGACCGGGAGUCGGAGGAGCCGCUGUCGAUGUUCCAGCCCAUCAUCCUCCUCAUCCUCAUCCUCGUCCUGUUCUCCUCCCUCUCUUACGCCACCAUCUUCAAGCUAGUCUUCCUCUUCACGCUCUUCUUCGUUCUGUGA